AUGUCUUUUUCAGAUGGAGUAGAUGCCCAUUCCCCGAGAACCCCUAUUGAUGCUGAGCUAGUGUCCUAUAUAGACCCUCCAUACUGGUGUUCUACUACAUACUAUGAAUUGAAUAAUCGCGUCGGCGAUACAUUUCAUGCCUCUCAGCCCUCGCUUACUGUGGAUGGAUUUACUUGUCCUUCCAAUCCUGAACGCUUCUGUCUAGGACUACUGUCCAACAUCAACAGAACUCAGCUAGUAGAGAUGACGCGCAACCACAUAGGUAAAGGUGUACGUUUGUACUAUAUUGGAGGCGAGGUUUUUGCGGAAUGCCGCAGUGAGAGUGAGGUGUUUGUACACAGCCCCAUCUGUAAUCAGAUUCAUGGUUGGCCCCCAGCAACAGUCUAUAAAAUACCUAAAGGUAGUAGGCUGAAGAUUUUUAAUAACCUGGAGUUUGCUACGCUGCUUACCCAGUCCGUCAAUCAGGGCUUUGAGUCUGUGUACCAGCUGACUAGGAUGUGUACCAUUCGUAUGAGUUUUGUCAAGGGCUGGGGAGCUGAGUAUAGGAGACAGACUGUGACCAGUAUGCCCUGCUGGAUUGAAAUUCGCCUGAACGUUCCGCUACGGUGGCUGGACCGAGUUCUGGUCCAUAUGGGGUCGCCAGUGUCACGCUGCUCCAGUAGGUAGGCGGUAGGCUCCAGGGAAAAGGUCAAGCACUAUG